UUUGCCGAGACGCGCGUUUCUAGGCUUGAAUGUUUCGAGUGUACUGUACUGUUUUUAGGUUAUAUUUUAACCAUAAAAACUAGAGAUAAAUCUUCAUGAUUUUACACUGUGGUGAAGUGAUGAAGUGAAAAGACACCAUCUCUAAAAUGGAUCAUUUUGAUUACACAGUAAAUAACUUUGAAGAAGGACAAUUCGAUACAUCGAGCGAAUAUUGUGAUAAUGUGAAUGACAUAAAUAGUCAUAAACACGGUGAUGAACUUUUAAUCGAUCUUGUGCGAUCUCGUCCUUAUCUUUACGAUAAAACGCAAAGAGAAUACAAGAACACGAAUAUAAAAGAAAAUGCAUGGAUAGAAAUGGCUAGCAUUUUGAAUAUUACAGUAUCAGAUUGCCAAACACGAUGGACACGCCUCCGUCAACGUUAUAGCAAAGAACGAAUAUUGCGUGAACAAGAAACCAGGAAUGGUGCUGGAAAGCCUACACGAUCAAAGUGGUUUCUCUUCGACAGCCUCAACUUUUUAGGAAAGCAUAUUGCCCAAAGAAAAAGUAUUACGAAUAUGAGUUUUUCUCAGUCACCCACUUCAAUAAUACAUCAAGCAAAUAAAGGAAUAAAUCAAGAUUCAGAAGAAAACAUUAGGAAACAAGAAGAAAUAACUUCACCUCAGAUAACCAGCCAGAUGAUGUUGUUCUCUCAGAAUACAUCUGUAAUUUCCAGGAACAACAUAUCAUCAUUAGAACUUGAACAGGUAACAACAACAAGUAUAGUAUAUACCUUUUUAAAAAAAGGUA